AUGCAAUUUUUAUUGCAGAUGGCGCAACGACUGACCUACAGACGUCGUCUCUCCUACAACACUAAAUCCAACAGAAAAAGGAUGUGAGUUGUAAUUGGUUGCUUUGCAAAAUAUACAUGUGCUCUGUGGAUUAAAAAAUGUUAAAUUGAAUAGCUUGUAAUAAUUUUCUUUUUCUUUUUUCCUUGCACAGUUCAAAGACACCAGGUAAGUUUUAUUUUGAAGUUGAAAAUCAUCCAUGCAACAAUUCUUCAUUAAGCACUUAUUGUACCUGCUAAAAUGAGGGUAAGAUUUCCAUGUAAAUCCCAGACAUGUAAUAAGCAUGUAGCAGUUUCAUACUGUUUCACACAAAUAAUCGAUACGAAUAGAGUGGAAACAUGCAUUCUUAAAUGAAUGGGGGUUAUAUGGAAAUCUUACAAUAAGUGCUAACCAUAUGCAUUUUGAGUCUGGGCAACCCUUUUUGUUGUGCACAGUCUUGGUGUUUUUUUUUGUUUUGUUUUUUUUACCUUUUGAGCUGAACUUCACAUUUAAAAAAUGAAAUUAAAAAUUCUUCCCACCUGGCCUUUGUCAUUCAGACAUUAUAUAGCGAUAUCCACAGGAUAGAUCACUAUCCAGUGGGUAAAUAUUGGAAAACCGAUAAUAAUUGCAAUCAUAAUCUCCAUGUUGUUAUUACACAUGCAUCGCAUGUAUGUAGCCAGCAUUCGUUUCAACCUCCACAAAGAAUUAAUGGAAUGCACAGAAUGCAAUUUUUCAGAAUGCAAUUUGAUCACGCGCAUUUCAAACUUCUACCCCUCGUAGUCACGCAUGCUUUGACCAUCUGUUGGGUCAAACCUGCGCACAGUGUUGGAGCAAAAUUUGAUCGUUGUCGUGCGCACUCUUUAACCUUUGGUUAUUACUAGUAUUUUAUUGUCCACUGGAUAGAGAUUUAUCCAAUGGAUAGUUAUCCCUCUUUUGAACAACUGGGGCCAGGUUUUUAGGUAAAAGGAAUAAUAAAUUAAUACGGAUUUUCUAACAAUCUGUAGCACAAUAAGGGUAAUGUUGUACGCUCUUAGCAGAUUACAGACUGAAGAGUGCAUCUUUGAGAUUAACAAUCUUUAUAUUCGAGUGGAAGUAUAGUUUCAGAAAUUUUAGGCAGUUAUAUGCCCAAAACUCUUGCUUGUUAUAGUUACUAAGAGGAGCUUACCAAGGGAUGGGAUUGGUAAUCAUCAGCACUUGGCUUGAAUAGCUGGACUUCACUGUGAGGCUAUCAUUUAGCAUAAAAACAAAAUGUUUCAAAUGUCUAAUCAAGCAGUCAAAAAUUUAAAAAUGAGUUUGAACUUACUGAAACCAGUGAUUUCCCUCAACUAAUAAAAUAAUGUUUUUGUCACCUUCAAAGGGGGAAAGUUGGUAUACCUGUACACCAAAAAGCCGGGCAAGGUACCAAGAUGUGGUGGCUGUAAAACUAAACUCCAGGGGGUGAGUGUAUUAUUGAAGUCUCUAAAUGAACCAACUCAGGUGUUUUCUUAAAUUUUGAUCUCCAUGGAAGUGAAAAUCACCACAAAAGCAGCUAGACUUGAGCCCUUUCAUAAUUAAACAUUGAAGGGCUUGGGAAAUGGCAGACUCACACAACUUUUCACUCCAUUUUAAUCAUAUUGGGCAGCGUAAAGAGUCUGUCUACCCACUCCCCUUUAACAAAUAUAUCCUCACCCCUCUCAGAUAAUGUUAUUAUUUGUUUUUGAAGCUCUGUGUUAACUACUUUAGUAUAUCCAAGAAUGUUGUUCCAACUUUGUUUGGGGAGAGGGGGAAGAGACAUGUUGUGUCUCAAAUAAUGUGGUUGUUAAGACCUGAGCUGGGAAGAUGCACUUGUGCAACCUGCAAUAAACAAGUUCAUUUUGCUUCUACAUGUGCUGAAGCUUUGCUUCAAUAUGUGACUGGGCUGUCAUUAAGACUUCAAGUUGCUUGGCAAGUGCAACCACUAGACGGGAAAUAAAACUGCUAGGGAUUUCUCUUGGUUUGAUUUUCUCCUAUUUUCCUAUGAAAGUAGCCAGGGCUUGUAUGUUCCUUAUAGCCAGGGAAAAUCUCUGGCCUCUGUCCUUCAGUGACAGCACUGACAAGUGUUGAUGGUCGUAGACCACACAAUAAGAAGCUCCCCUGAAAGAAAUUUGAUGGUUCAUCUUUUAUGUCUGCAUGCGCACUCAAUGGUCAUGCAACUCAUUUCUCCACUUGUAAAUCAUUCUCUGCCCUCUUGAAAGUAGGUUACAUUAAUAAUAAUAAUAAUGUCUGUUUUCUCAAAAGAAAGAAAGCACUUGUGCUGUACCAAAUGGGAUAGACAAUUUUCUCAAAUUGACAUCUAAUCCAUUGAUGUUCACAGUGUGCCAUUGAAAUGUUACGGAAACAUUUCUUUUUAUGUAACCUUACAAUAAAUAACGUACAUGUCGUCAGGGCUCCAUUUAAACUAGCUCUUCUAAAUUGGAUGCCCCUGGAUAAAUAUUGAAUAAAGAAAAAAAAUUAAAAAAACAUGUACAUGUAAAGAGCUCUGCUAAUUUUCUUACUCCAUCAGCUUAUUGUGUCAAUAUGGCACCAAAGAUAAGAAAAUAACUUUCCCAUCCAAACUAUCACAUUAAAUUGUUAUUCUUGGAAAGUUUUCUUACAGUGAGAAAAGGGCAUUUCUAAAGGAACACUGUCAUGACACACUUUCAAGUGUGACAUGCUGUGCACAUUAAUUCAUGUGUAUAUUAUUUGGUAGCCUGCGAUCAUGCCCUCUCCCUUUAUCUCUGUACUCUGUUUUCGGGAGGAGGGCAUGAUACAUUUCUUUCACAGAUCACAUGCAAAAAAGCCAGAAUCUGGACUUUUUUCUGAUUGAAUAGGAAACAAUACGGAUGAUUUGCGCUGUUCCGAUUGGCCAAAACGCCGCCAUCCGUUAGUUGUUGUUGAUUUCAGUCUGCAUUUUGGCUUGCGCAAUGAGCAGUGAAUACACACGCGAGUUCGUCAUGAAAUUUCUGCCGGCUCAGUUUUCUUGCCAGUUUUAAAAAUGUCUGAAUAGAAAUUUCAUCCAAUGAAAUAUUUUCCAUUUCAUCGUACACUAAAAAUUGCAGUCAAAAAUUCACCGAUCAUUUGAAUGCAAUUUGAUACCGGCUACAAGUUACAGAAGCAAAAAACGGGUUCACUUUUCCAAUAAUUAAUUCAUGAAUGGAAUCUUGACCUGGUUUGACUGUAAUUACUGUCAUUCCUCCUUCGGAAACGUGCGAAUUAUUCUGAAUUAUUAUGCUUUCUGUUAAUAACUAAAAUGAUUUGAGCAGCUGUAAGACUAAACGUAACAAAGUUAAGAAUCCCUACCGCCAGGAUGCCAACCACUUUGUUAUCAACACAUGUGGCUGAGGAGUUGAACUCAAGACUACCAAGAACCAAUGCAUCUAGCAGUUAGGGUGGGAGUUAAACUCAGGGCCUCCUGAUUCUAAUUCCAGCACUUUAACUGCCAACCACACUGCCUCCUGCCCAAAAUCUAUGUUUAGUGGAACUCCACAUGCAUGCGAGUGGAGCCCCAAGCCUAAAAAAAUUGGUAAUCUAUCCAUCCGAGAAAUUGUGGUAAUCAGGUGACCGUUGGAUUAUGAGCAGUCUCUCUUUUUGCUUGGUACAUUGAGCAAAACGCACGAGACGUGCAAAUGACCACAUGCAUGACUGAAGGCGCAAGACGGGAGAGGCACAAAAAAUAGAGAAUGGUCUCUCACAGUCUAGUGAUUUUUUAAAAACUGAGUGUUGAUUUAAUCGCACUGCAUAGAGCGAUUAAAUUGACUGAGAAAAUCUUAAUUUUUGGCUUCUAGUCUCACAUUUAGAGAUCACAAAGCUGGUCUAUUUCUCGCAUAUUCAUAAACUAAUAUCCUGUGGUUUAUGUUUUGAAUUAGAUCACCCGAGACCUAGUUCCUUUCGUGUUUGCGGAGAGUUCUCAUGGCAUAGUGUUCUACAUAACCUAAUUGUAGCUUAACUAAAGCUAAGCUAAUUAUAGAGAAUUGUGCUGCAAGUCACUCAAGAUCAUUUUUUGGUCGCCCCUUUUUUUUUUUCUUGACAUUCAGUGUAACCAAAUCAGUGUUCUAUAGCGUGAUGUCCUGUAGUGCAUGGGUUGGUAAUUACUUUUGUCAUAGAGUAUCCUGGUCUAUGCAACUUUCUGUUAUGCAUUCUAAAGCAAGAUUGCAGUUUUCAAACUAAAGCAUUCCUCGUCAAUGAAGAGAGGCUUACUAAAUCUGAAGAAAAAGAGAGACUACUUGCAGUCUACAUGACCGUACGCCCAUCCACCUGUCCCUCUGCAUCACAGGGAAACCAAAUUAUGUGAAAAGUCAAAUUUUCCAGCCAGAGUAGGAGCCUGUAACCUGUGUUUAACCUGAUAACAGACGUCCCUAUUAAGGUCAAUUGACAGGUGUCAAAACGGGUUAUCUGCUGACCACCAGUUGUUAGCUUUCAAUUGAUUGCAUGCUCAAGUUUAUGUUUUUCAUUCAUAUGGUUUUCCUGUAAAGUUAAGUAUGGAUUUGUGGUCUUUGCAAUCGUUUAAAGUCCAUUGUCUGCAGUACAAAUUUAAAAUGCAUAAACGAGAGCUUCACUUUUAGCUCUGGUUUGACCUUAGACUUGCCCACAAGCUGAGCUCGAAAUUUCUUGAGCUCAAAGUGCCAGCUAGAACUAUGUCAAAGUAAAAGCAUUUCAGUAAUAUCUUUUCUGCGUGGAAAAUUGGGCUCUUGCUAGUCUCACGCGGAAGGAACGCCCACUAAAACUUUAGUGUGCAUUGCUCUUCCCUACAAUGUUUAUUAACAAUGCAGUGAAUCAGUAAAGAAUCCUCUCCAAAGGAGGUGACUGUUUACAGGUGCAGGGAAAACGAAAACUUGCUUUUUUUAAAGAUCUGGAAUUUCUUGUCAGUCAUGUAUUUAUUCAGCCAGAAAAGCAAUCACAAAUAAUUUGCCGAAUCUGUGCUGAUUGGAACAAAAAACUUGCAAAAAAGAGUUGUAAAAUUUGGAGAAAAUUUGUUACCAUGUACGUGCUCAACCGUCAGCUGCCAGUGAAGAUCAAAUCGAAGGAUCAACAUCUAAGGCUAAGAGACAUGCUAUAAGUGGUACAGCAAUGAAACAAAUGGGCAAAAUUUCAUCUCUUUCCCCAGACUGUAAUAAAUCGAAAACAUAAGGGGCAAUUUGAAAUGUCAACUCUUGCCUGAGUUGCUCUCUGCUGGCACAGACAAAAACACAUCCUCUUGUUCGUGAGCAUCUUUGUAGUUUAAUAGCUUUCCAUAUCUCAUAUGUGAUCACAUCCUUGAUAGAACACAAGGCACUCGGCUUUGUAUCAUAGAGGAGACGUUUAACAUGAAAUUAAUAAACAAAUUAAUACAACCUGCCAAAAGUGUAGAACUGCUGCAAUUAAGACAGCAAUCGUCUACACUUGAAUUUUGAUCAAAACAGCUCAAAUCAUGUUUCAUGCAACAUGAUCAGGGUUGAUUGACGGCGCAUCAGUAAAAACGUUCGUGAUUGGAUAAGAUCUACGGGGGAAAAUUCCUCCUGUAAAUUUGGCAUGCUGCAGGGGAUAACAGUCCUUAGCGCUGGGGCCUACUGCCGGAACCAGAAAUGAGAAGCGAAGGACUUUGGAAAAGUCUAGCUGAAUCUAUAUAUUAGCUGUUGUCUCUGUUGCUGAAGUACAGCAAGAUAAGGCAAAAGCAGGUGACAUAAUUUCAAGGUAGUUUGGGGGUAUAAAAGUGACACUGUUCACUCAUUUUUUUUUCCUCCCCCUCAACUUGUAAAUGAGCAUUCCCCCUCCCCCCUCUUUCACUUUUCUUUUCUUUUGUUGUGGGAAAAUGUAUGUGAGAACCCUGAGCAGAGCUGGCCAAGCAAAUAAUAGCUCGGUCAUAUAGAAUAUUAAAGACCAAAAUAUGGCCUAGUAUGCUUAAAAACUCGGGGCUUUGCGAAUCUUUCUUUCCCUUUUAUAAACCAAUUUCUAGUGUUGUUAUUGCCAACCAGUGGAAAUGACUGGCCAACUGAAAGUUUGUCCAGACAAAUGGUCAUCUUCGCUGGACAUUGUCCGUUCACCAGCCGUUAUUUUGAGCAGCGCUGAGUAUUAUGAAAUAUUUUGGAAGGUGGCGUGGAUGUGUCAGUGAUACUGUUAUAAUUCAUGUUUCUGAUUUGUACUGCAGUUACCAGCUGUCCGUCCUAAAAAGCUGAUGCACAUGUCAAAGCCCCAGAAGACUGUUAGCAGAGCUUAUGGUGGUUCACAAUGUGCUCGCUGUGUUAGAGAAAGGUGAGCAGGUGCUGUAGGCUUUUGCAUCCUACAGCAUUAAAAUGGUGGCCUAAAAAGAAUCGAGGCGUGGUAACUAUUUAAAAUUUCUCUGUUUGUUAAUUUACAAAUCAACCAAAAGCUUGGUAACAGACAUUGUUACCUGUUGUACCCUAUACCAAACCCCUACAACGGCUGAGAUAAAAAAUUAACUACAACAUAAUGUAAAUGAAUGAGAUGAUGCAUUGCACAUGCAUAAGAUAAUUGCACAAGUUGGGUUUGCAUGAAGCACCACCCAAAGAGGAAUUUAAAGAAUAUUAUGGUAUUUUCUUCUUUACUCAAUAGUCCAGUUUCGAAUUAAAAAAUUAUCGCUGAGUAUAAACAUUAACGACACAUUCAUACCGGGUUAGCCUCGACGUAAAGUAAAAUACUCAGAAAUUCUGGCAAGCAAGUGUUUGAAAUUUGAAUAUAAACAAAAGACAGAGUAAUAAACAGGUCUUUUUCUCGUUGGAAUUUGUGAAUAGGUGGUUUUCACGCAAUCUCGGGAGACACAAACAACAAUGGUGAAAUGAACAAAUGCUGGUGGACAAACAAAGCAAGCUAAUGAGUGAUCUUUUGUUUACCGUCCACCAGCAUAGCGGCGAUGACGUAACGUGAAAACCACCUAUAUAUUACUUCAGACUGAGGGUAAGGCUGUAAAAAAUGCGUCUUCACUUCUUUAAUUCAGCGGUCAUAGCGAACUCGAAAAUGGACUAUUGAAAACCCUUUUAAGAACGAGACAAAAAACUUUCAUGUAUCGGAAUUGAUUGAGGUCGUUCCCCUUUUUUUUCAGGAUAGUCAGGGCAUUCCUGAUUGAAGAACAGAAGAUCGUUGUGCGUGUUCUUAAAGCGCAACAGGGGAAGAAAUCAGGCUCUGCUUAA